GCACCGCACAGAGUAAGGUUUGAAACUCUGAUCGGAGCCCAAUUCUCUUUCCUCUUGAGCCACCAGUUUUCAAAUCAUUCAGAAAAAGCAAAGAACUUCAUCAACUCAAUUUCCCGCUACCUUCAUUCGUGUUUUUUCAGGUUUAUUGGGCUUCUGUAAUUGAUGGAAGCAUCUUUAUUGUGAGCGGAAUUGUUGGGUUCUGGGUGUAUAUAUUAAUUGUCAAAGUUAUCUAUCAUGCUGGUGUAUACUUCUAAGGAAGGAAGGAAAUAGAGAAGAGUAAUUAGCGGCCGUUUGCAGAAGCAUACUAGCAAGCAUGGAAUGUAAUAAAGAUGAAGCUUUGAGGGCUAAAAGGCUUGCAGAGAAGAUGCUUUCACAGAGGGACCUUGGGGGCGCAAGAAUUCUUGCAAUGAAGGCUCAAAAGUUAUAUCCCGAUAUUGAUGGCCUUCGUCAGUUGCUGGCGACUAUUGAGGUGUAUAUCUCUGCUGACAAAAGAGUAAAUGGAGAGGUUGAUUGGUACAAGAUCCUUGGUGUGCAACCCUUGGCUGAUGAUGAAACAGUUCGAAGACAUUACAGGCAGCUGGCUCUUAUUUUGCACCCUGAUAAAAAUAAAUCGGUAGGGGCAAAUGGGGCAUUUAACCUUAUUUCACAGGCUUGGAGUUUAUUAUCUGAUAAAGCCAGGAAAAUCAUCUAUGACCAAAACUACAGUAUAUGGGGCAUAUAUCAAGGAAAUUCAGGUGGGAAACCUUCAAUACCAGCUAGUCAGAAUGGUUUAUAUAAUAUGUCCAAUACUGCUAAUUGGAAGGACAGAGAUCAUAGGAGUGCUAUUCCUCUCAAUUCUACUCCACUCAGUCCAGUGCCUCCUGUGACAUUCAAACAGACAUUUUGGACCAUGUGCAGUUUCUGCAGGACAAAGUUUGAGUACUAUACUGUUUAUAUCAACUGCAAUCUUGUCUGUACCACCUGUCAUAAGCCAUUUUUUGCUUUUGAGGCUUUGCCCCCAACUGCAUGCAGAAAUGUUUCAUCCAUUUCAAGAAUUUCUCAGAUGGAGCAACACAACUUCACCUCUACUGGUUUAGGUAGGACACCAAUUUCUGCUGUCAACUUGUCACGUGGGUCAGGUCCUUUCUCUAUGCACAGUGGUAUUACCAGUGUACCAAUCUCAGCUUCUACUGCUGCUGAAGCUUCUGGUGCUUUUAGGAUGUCAUCUGAGAAUUUGAAAAGAAGACACGAAGAUUUGACACCUGUCAUGAAGGAGGAGGUUCAUUUUGGGAAAACUCAUGCUGUUGAGAGAACUGGUGCUGGUUCAGCUUUUCAGUCCUCUUGUCUUGGUUCAAAUUCUAUUCUGAAAGGAGACAAGCCAAAGAAAAGAAGGCGCAUUGAUGAACGUAAAGUUGAUAGCGAUAGAAGAAAUAUGAAAGCUAAUACAACAUCUCAAAAAGAAGGAACAAACUUGACCAAUGAAUUUGGAUCUCAGAAAUACAGUUCUGAUACAGGAAGGGUUAAUGUUGCUGGAAGUUACAAGCGCAAUGGUAUUAGGGACGUAUCACAGCUGCAAAUGAGGACAAUAUUGAUGGAAAAGGCUCAGAAGGAGAUUCUUAAAAAGCUUGAUGAAUGGAAGGCUUCUUCAGUAUCAAAGAAUUUGUGCCAGUCAAAGAAUACUGAUACAGACAUCAGAGAGAAGGACAGAGAAAAUGCCACAAAUGGUGUAAAACCUGGUACCCAGGAAUUUGCCAAUUCUGAAACCAUCAGCGAAAAGUGUUUCUCUACUGAUCCAGAGCCAGAGAUGCCUGAUUCUCUCUCAAUGAAUGUUCCAGAUCCAGAUUUCCAUGAUUUUGAUGGAGACCGUAUUGAAAAUGCUUUUGGUGAGAACCAGGUGUGGGCUGUAUAUGAUAAUGAGGAUGGCAUGCCGCGCUACUAUUGCUUAAUCCACAAUGUAAUCUCAAAGGAUCCUUUCCAAAUGAGGAUUAGCUGGCUGAACGCCAAAAGCAAUGAUGAAUUGGCCCCAAUAAAGUGGGUCAGUUCUGGCUUUCCUAAGACCUCUGGAGAUUUCAGAAUAGGAAAGCGAGGAUUAUAUAGCACAUUUAAUUCCUUCUCGCACAGGGUUAAGUGGACAAAAGGUUCAAGAGGGGCUGUCCACAUAUAUCCGAAGAAAGGUGAUAUAUGGGCUCUGUAUCGGAACUGGUCCACUGACUGGAAUGAAUUUACUGACGAUGAAAUCAUACAGAAAUAUGACAUGGUGGAGGUGCUUGAAGACUACAGUGAAGAACAAGGUGUGAAUGUUGCCCCACUUGUCAAGGUUGCAGGUUUCAAGACAGUGUUCCGCCAUAAUGCCGAUCCAAGAAAAAUCAAGAAUAUUUCAAGGGAAGAGAUGUUUCGUUUCUCACACCAGGUUCCUUCAUACUUGCUUACAGGUGAAGAGGAUCAGAAUGCUCCAAAAGGUUGCUUGGAGCUUGAUCCUGCUGCUACGCCUAUGGAACUUCUUCAGGUGUUCACUGAAGAUGCACAGCCAGAAAUGGUAAUGACAACUGAAAAAUCUUUGGAAGAUGAAUUGAGGCACAAAGAGAAUUCGAGGGAGGAUGGUUUGGUUGAGAGUUCCCAGACAACCAAGGAAAAAAAUUCUGAUGCAGCACUGAGAGAGAAGAGAAGUAGGCCCGAGAUUUUGUUUGUAUAUAAGCGGAAACGUUUUAGGAAAAACAAAGAGAGCAAUGAAGACUAGUGACUCUUAAGAAAUUGUGUGUUCCAUUUAGCCAGAGAUAGCAGAUUUGAAUAGUCAACAACUCCAUAGCUUACAGUCACCAAUUUAAACAUAAAUUAGAACAUCUUCUGUUGUUUUUGCUGUAUAUUGGCGGGGCUACAGUUUUGCAUUUAGUGUUGGUGUUGCCCUCAAGAAUGAUUUCGGCUUGUAUCUAUAAGACUGUCUGAAAUGCCAAUGUACGCCAGUUACUAGUUUCUGCAAGGCAAAAAUAAAAUUCAGCAUCAUUCAGCUCCUUCGACUGGAAACAUUAAUCUUUAUUUUCUAGUUCUUUUUUCUUCAUCCUGUAAUUAACCAUAGCUAUAGAGCUGGUCAAAUUGUACAUUAUAGCUGCAACUUUUUGCUUGCACCUUAUGAAUCAAAGUAUUAAUUUUGCUAUUU